AUGCUAUUAAAACUACAGAAAGAAAAGAAUCUAAAAUAAAAAAAUCAAAAGAUUCUAACAUAACUGUACAAAAAAAAAUUAAGUGAAAAAACGCUAUAAUAAAAUGAGUUCUGUUAGACAAAGAAAUUGAAAUAGAUAAAGUGAAAAAGCAAUUAAUAUUAUUAAAACCUUAAAUAAAUUGAAUGCUUGUAAAGUUUUGGAUGUCGAUAAUAAAAGGAUCUGUUGGAGUAUAGAAAAUAGAUGUUUUUCUUAAUUAAAAUUUAAGUUAAAGUUAACAGAUAUUUGCUAGAUUUAAGGGUGAUUAAUUAACAUGUCGUAAUUGUAAAAAAUAUUCUUCAGAUAUAUUCUGUUAAUUUUGCUGAAAUACUCAAUAUAAGAUAGUCUAGUGUAGAUAACAAUCAUAAAAAGAUUAGUUAGCUUUUUAGCGUUUAAAACUAUAAGACUAUUGAUAGAGUAUUAAAUUUAUUAUAAUGAAUUCCAGUGAAAUUAAAUGCAGAUAUUCAAUUAUUCAAUAAAAUUGAUAGAAUUACAAGAUAUUAUUUUAUUGGAGUAUUACAUUUAUAUAUUUUACUCAAAAUAGCUAUAAUAAUUUCUAAAUGAAAGCAGACUAAGAUAUCCACAUCAUGAAACAAUAUUUCUGAGAAAUGCUUAUGAUAAAGAGAAAGAUGGUAGAUUAUCGUUACAAGAAUUCUAGAUAUGUGAUUUUUAAUUUGUUAAUAAUAAAUAAAUACUAAUUAUGAAAGAUAGAUUUUUAUUAUGA